AUGGAAUUUUGGACACUCCCAAUUGAUGAAAAUCUGUCUUGGAACAGCUGUGUUGGUCUAAUAUCAGAUUCUUUUCAUAUGUUUUUUGACUGUACUGCUUUAUUGGCUGGAUUAGCAGCUUCAGUUAUUUCAAAAUGGAGGUCAAACGAUGCUUUCUCAUAUGGAUAUGUUCGAGCAGAAGUACUUGCUGGUUUUGUAAAUGGUUUAUUCCUCAUCUUUACAGCAUUCUUCAUUUUUUCUGAGGGUGUUGAGAGAGCACUUGAGCCUCCUGACGUGCAUCAUGAGAGACUUCUUCCUGUUUCUAUCCUAGGAUUCAUUGUAAAUCUUAUAGGAAUAUUUGUUUUUCAACAUGGAGGUCAUGGACAUUCACAUGGCUCUGGGCAUGAACACAGCCAUUCUCUAUUUAAUGGGGGUCUCAGCCAUGGACACAGUCACGGAGGUCAUGGUCACAGCCAUGAGCAUAAACAUGCCCAUGGACACACUCAUGAUCAUGGGCAUAGUCAUGGACACUCUCAUGAUGACCAUUCUCUUGAGGAGAUGGCUGGAUCCAGCAAACAGAUUUUACAAGGUGUAUUUCUACACAUUGUUGCAGACACACUUGGAAGUGUUGGUGUGAUCAUAUCUGCUAUAUUGAUGCAGAACUAUGGUCUCAUGAUAGCAGAUCCCAUUUGUUCAAUGCUUAUAGCACUACUUAUAGGUGUAAGUAUUGUUCCACUUUUGAAAGAAUCCAUUGGAAUCUUGAUGCAGCGAACACCUCCUUCCCUGGAAAAUGCCCUGCCUCAGUGCUACCAGAGGGUGAGCUCCUAGGCUGUUUUAGCUUCAGAUCAAGAUCCACAUUUCUGGACCCUCUGUACUGAUGUUUACGUAGGGACUUUGAAACUGUUAGUAGCUCCUGAUGCUGAUGGAAGGUGGAUUUUAAGCCAAACUCACAAUAUUUUUACUCAGGCGGGAGUAAGACAGCUUUACGUACAGAUUGAUGUUGCAGCCGUGUAG